AUGACAACCGGCCUGGGAGAGGCUCUGGAACAUGCAGGCGGUACGGGUCAGAGCAAGGGUGGCAUCUCUCUCAAGACAUUCAUUGCGUCCCUGGCUACUGCACUUAUCGUUUUCGCCGUCGAAUUUCUGCUGUUUCUGCUUCUCAAAGGGAAGCUUACUCGUAUCUAUCAACCGCGAACCUAUUUAGUUUCCGAUAGAGAACGAACUCAGCCAUCACCACCCGGUCUCUUCAAAUGGAUCGGUCCUGUAUUCCGUACUUCCAGCUCCGAAUUCAUCCAGAAAUGUGGUCUGGAUGCCUACUUCUUCCUACGUUACUUACGCAUGCUACUCAAGAUUUUUGUACCUCUAGCAUGUAUUAUACUACCCGUCCUUCUACCGCUGAAUAAAGUUGGUGGCAAGGAUCAAACCUUCAAGAACGGGACGGCUGGCGGAGAAAGUUGGAAUGUGACGGGGCUAGACCAACUGGCUUGGGGCAAUGUUACUCCAGAGAACACCAGCCGUUACUGGGGACAUCUCAUCUUGGCCGUGAUUGCUAUUUUCUACGUGUGCGCGAUAUUUUUCGAUGAACUGAGAGGUUAUCUUCGCCUUCGACAAGCCUACUUAACUUCUCCCCAACAUCGACUGAGGGCGUCCGCCACAACGGUUCUAGUGACAGCGAUUCCAGGAAGCUGGCUUUCUGUGGACGCUUUGGACACUUUGUAUGAUGUAUUCCCUGGCGGUAUUCGAAACAUCUGGAUCAACCGCAAUUUUGAUGACCUGAACGAAAAGGUAAAACAAAGAGAUGAGCUCGCCUUGAAGCUUGAGGCGGCAGAAACCGAUCUGAUUGUCAUGUGCAAGAAGGCUCAGCUUAAGCAGGCCAAAAGGGCGGCCAAAAAAGCAGGUAUCAAGCCCAUGGAAAGGAAAGACCAGGAGCUUGCUGAGUCAAGGGCUUCGAAACUCGCUAUGAGCGCCGGUAUUAGCUCUGGUAACCCGCAUCAAGCCCGUACGCUGGACCAGGUCUUACACCGACAUAACCGAAAUACUUCAACUCAGAAAGGGAACAAAACCGGCAAACUAAGGCAUUUAAACCCCUUGCACCCCGCUAUGGAGAUAGCCGGUGCUGUCGGCCAAGGCGUCGGUAAGCUGGGGAAGAGUAUGCCAAGCGGAUUAAAAAAGCCCGAUGAUGGUGAGCCAAACGAGAAGAUAUCGCGUUCUGAGAGUUUCCCACGUGUGGAUGCCUCCGAUGCCCCUGACAAUGGGGAACCCUCGGUGCCAAUGCCCAACAGCACACCAGAAGCUAGUGUCCACCCAAAAAGGCCAUUCUGGACCACUAGAGGUUCUGGCCACUCCAAAGCAAGUAAGAAAACUGAGCCUGAUGAGCUUCCGCUCACAGCCCCCGAGUCCCCGGUUGAUGAAAGAGAACGGUACAGCUCAGAUAGGGACUCGCCAGUGAAAGAACAUGUGGAGGGUGAUCAUGAUUUGAAGCAACACCAUCGAGAAGAAAGUGCGGAGGUUCAAUAUGACAUAUAUCCCAUCGCAUACAACCAGAAUUUCUCUAAAGAGGAUCUUGGGGAACCCGCGUGGAAAAAGUACAUCAGACAAAAGGACCGGCAAACCAUGCGCCUCCCGAUUUUCGGCAUAAGUUGGAUGCCCUCACUGUGGCUAAUUGGGAAGAAGGUGGAUACCAUCGAUUACUGUCGCCAGGAGGUGGCUCGCUUGAAUCUGGAAAUCGAGCUCGAUCAACAGCAUCCCGAAAAAUUCCCCCUUAUGAACUCUGCCUUUAUCCAGUUUAAUCACCAAGUGGCUGCCCAUAUGGCUUGUCAGGCAGUCAGCCAUCAUCUCCCGAAACAGAUGGCUCCUCGCAUUGUGGAGAUUUCCCCAGAUGAUGUUAUAUGGGACAACAUGUCGAUGAAGUGGUGGGAGCGCUAUCUGCGCACCUUUGGAAUCCUGGCAGUUGUCUGCGGUAUGGUCAUCGGCUGGGCAUUCCCCGUAGCUUUCACUGGUUUGCUAUCUCAGCUUUCCUACCUGGAGAGCGCAUUUACUUGGCUGUCAUGGAUUUCUACACUACCAGAGUGGCUUGUUUCCGCAAUUCAAGGUAUCUUGCCUGCCUUGUUCUUAGCUAUCCUCAUGGCUCUACUUCCACUGGUUCUUCGUUUUCUCUGCCGGGCACAGGGCCUAUCCACGGGAAUGGCUAUUGAGCUCACCGUGCAGAACUACUUCUUCGCCUUUUUAUUUGUUCAGCUGUUUUUGGUUGUCGCCAUUUCAUCCAGUUUCUCCACCAUCAUUAACAAUGUUACUGAUUUCACGAGCUGGCCGGAAGUCCUCGCCCAGAACAUUCCCUUGUCGAGCAAUUACUUUUUCUCAUAUAUGGUUCUGCAAGCCUUGUCUGUGAGCGCUGGUGCUUUGGUGCAAAUUUUUAGUCUAGUGAGCUGGUUUAUCCUGGCUCCGCUGUUGGAUUCAACUGCACGUAAAAAAUGGGCCCGAACCACCAACCUGAACCAAAUGCAAUGGGGUACCUUCUUCCCGGUUUACACCACCCUUGCGUCCAUUGGAUUAAUCUACUCGGUCAUAGCUCCCCUUAUUAUGGUCUUCAAUGUGGUCACUUUCGGCCUGUUUUGGUUCGUCUAUCGUUAUAACACACUCUAUGUGACAAAAUUCCGCUUUGAUACGGGUGGCCUACUCUUUCCUCGAGCUAUCAACCAGCUGUUCACUGGGCUCUACGUGAUGGAGCUGAGCUUGAUUGGCCUUUUCUUCUUGGUUCGUGAUGUCCAGGGCAAUGUUGCAUGCCAAGGUCAAGCUAUCUGCAUGAUUGUGGUGUUGGUCCUUACGGCUGGAUAUCAGAUCUUGCUCAACGAUGCCUUUGGCCCACUAAUUCGGUACCUACCAAUAACAUUGGAAGAUGACGCCGUGCGUCGAGAUGAGGAAUUCGAACGCGCACAAAGAGUACGGUUGGGAUUGGACGAAGAAGAUGAGUCGGACACUCUUGAGCAUAGACUUAGGGACCGGGAAAAUGCUGAGCAUGAGGCGGAUAAAAUAGCCCGUGACAUCGAGCUGAAAAAACUCGAAGCUGGGGGUGGAGAGUGGCCAAACUGCCAAGAUACACAUACAUCUCGCAAUCUGAAGCCCACCCGCCAAUCCUGGGUUACCCGUUCUCCCAACCGGCGCUCCAAAUUUUUUGGGGUAAACUCAGACAGCUCAGUCCCAACUCUCAAGCGAAUGCGGGAGAAAAUUGUCCAUGAUGCCGAAGCGCAGGGCCAUGCAACCCGUCAACGAGGUCCUGCAUUGUUUGCAGGCAUCCAUGAUGAGUUGGAGGAUUUGACACCGGAUGAACGUGAUCAGCUGGUCCAGCGAGCCUUCCAACACGAUGCCGUGCGUGCGAAGCGCCCGGUCAUUUGGAUCCCUCGAGAUGACCUUGGGGUCAGUGAUGAUGAGGUCUAUCGUACCCAACUGUUCAGCAAGCACAUCUGGAUCAGUAAUGAGUACCAAGCACUUGAUGGAAAGUGCCGCACCAUCUUCAGCCGCAGUCCUCCAGACUUCUCAGAGGUCGAUCUCAUCCAGCUAUAG